CUCUCUCUCUCUCUCUGUGUGUGCGUGUGUGUGUCUCUCCUCCCUUCCUUCUGCUCUCCUCUGUCAUAUUUAUACUGACAGUUCAAUGAGACAGCGGAGACAUUUUGAGUUCCUUAUGCGUGUGUGUGCCAGGGUCUCACCUCUGUAUCUGGGGGCACUACAUCGUACAUUAGUGUGACUGCUUUGUGAGAAAUGGCAUACAGCCUAUGGAUUGCCUUACUCAUGCUCCCGGUUCUGGUACACUCUCAAAGUGGAGAAGAAUUGGUUGACAAUGAACCCAGAAUACUCUGCACCUCUCAUCUCAGUGUCUCGGCAGCAAACAGCCUAACCUGCCACCUUGAUGAUGACACCGAUGAUGAUGAUGAAAUGGAGGACAUAAAAGUCAUGAGUCUUUGCUACACAGAUGACAAAAAGCAACGCUGUUUGAAAGAGAAGGGGAAUAAUGUCACAUUUACGGACCUGGACACUCUGCAAUCGUAUAAUCUCACCGUUCAAUUAAAACGAGGUGGCACAUUUUGGAAAACAAUGAGUUUGAAAAAAAUAAUUAAACCCAGGAGUCCUUGGGUGGUGAACGCCACAUUUCUGAGGAGCUCCAACCGGGCUCUUAUAUACAUUGGGAAUCCAUACCUGAAGGAUUACCUGAAACCCAGCAAUCAACUGUUCCAACUUCGCAUCUGGAGUGUCAAAAAUACUCUGGUUAAAAACAUAACCUAUCAGCCUCUGAUCAUUGAGGGGGACGAGUACCUCCAUAAGAACACAGAGUAUCAUGUCAAGGUUCGAGCCAAGCCAAGCGGAGGGUACUUUGAUGGCAGUUGGAGUGAGUGGAGCGCCUCUAUCAGUUUCAGCACCAACACAGAGACAGACGUGCAGGUGCUUUCCUAUUCUCUCAUCGUGCCCAUUGCUUCUCUGCUGUUGGUUACUUUGGCAGUUGGUAUUUUCUGGAGAAAACAAAUACAUUCCUUCAUAUGGCCAAGCAUUCCACAUCCCAAACACACACUUCUCCAGAUCCCCCAGACCUAUGAGCCAAUGAAGCAUGGCCCACCUGUGAGCUUUAACCCAGAGGUGUUCAGUGACCUCAACAUCCAGCUGGUGGAGCCGGACAAGGAGCAAGACCUUACCUCCCUACCCCCUGACUCUGACUCCCAUCGACUCGCUGAGGUCAAAGAUCAAUACCUCAUUCAAGAGCGUGAUGGGGAUACGAUGUCCUGCCAUACCACCAGUAGUGGAGGGUCGGAGACGAUACUGCUUAGGUGUGAGUCCCCAGGAGUGCACCUCAACUGUGGGGCGAGGAGCAGUAGGAACAGUGGCUCCACCGUGGGGAUCCUGGAUCUGAGGAGUGACUUUGAGAGCGUGGAGACAGACGACAGUGAUGGUAACAUUGGUCCUGAGGGGCUAGGUGCUACUCAGCAAGGAGGCAAGGAUGAGGCUUAUGUCACCAUGUCUAGUUUCUAUCAGAUCCAGUGAGAGAGAGAUGGAGAGAGACAGACAGAGAGGGAGCGAGACAGACAGACGGAAUUAUCUAUUCAAGAUGAAUUAUAGCUGCUUAUUACAUUCUUACUCUGAGUGACUUUGGCUGCUUUUAUUUGAAGUCUAUUUAAUUCACCGUGACUCAAACUGACUAUCCACUGACCCCCAGUAUCACGAGACUAGCAGAACUCAAUGCACAUGUUAUUUACAAAUGAUAGGAGACAGAACAGGAAACAUCCUCAUUGUGUUUGUUUGGUUUUGUGUUAAUUUGUUGCUAGUUGAUAAGAAACAAGACAAGGGAGGACUUAAACAACUUGAAAUACAACGCUGCACCUCCCUUAUUAUCCUUUCUGUGUUUUCACAUCCCAUACUAUAUUAACCCCGUCGGUAUACCGACGAGCCACCAUGACACCUUGGCGUUAUACAUACUGCUGCUUCAUAUCACAGAGAUACUCUUUACCAUGACAACAGCUGCUAAAUAAACGUAGGGCUCUAUUCAAUCCAUAUUGCGGAAGUUCAGUGUUACAGCAUGAAUGAAAUAUAAAGGUAAUGUUCCUGCGUUAUCGGAGACUGCAUUCAUGGUAAACGUUGCAUACGUCGGCUCAAUCGGAAAUUAACCUUCAAUUUCUAUUGCGCAAUAUGUUACACUUCAGUGAUAUGGAUUGAAUAGAGCCCCUAGAAUGUCAAUUCUUCAGGGUUUAAACCCUUAUACAUAUUCUAUACAUAAUUUAAUCACAGCUUAUGUGUUUGUUUGUCAUUAUGUUGAAUUUUUUUUGCACAUAAGUGAUUGUAUUUCCUGCACAGUUACCAGUAUGUUAUUUUUUUUACACUGACUUAGAUGUAUUAUAGUAUUAUACUAACAUAUAUACAUCAUAGUUUUCAAUGCAGAACGCGUUAUUAUUUUCUUGAACACUUUGUGAGACUUUAGCAGAGCAUUAAACAUAAAGUCAUCAUCGGCAAAUUACUGCUUUGUUUUUAUUUUACUGUACGAUCCGGUAUUUGUAUAUUUUAAUCUGACAAAUGUGACAACAUUAUCUGUGUAGAAAUUACCACGUUGUUACAUUUUGUGUUUAACAUUUUUAUUAAACAGAUUAAUUCCACAAACAAA